GUGUAUGCUUGUGUGAAGGUGGAGGUCAUGGUGUUUAUUCAAAGCAUUUUACUUUGUAAAAUAGAUAGUUCCCCUCAUCCACUACCAAUAUGCACUUACCUAUGCAACAGAUGGUUGAUUGUGGUUGUUGCUCUACUGCCAUAGAUGUCUGGGACUGACCUGUAUGUGUUUGUGCUUCCCAGAAUGAGUUCAAGCCCAAGAACAUCAAGAAGAAGAAGAAGUGAAGUAUUAUCAUGUCUGUGGACGAAAACAGAAGGUAUAUGGCUAUGUGGGGUUUAUUUCGGAUAAUCUUUGAAGAGGGUUUGUAUGAACGCUGUCUGUUAGUGAUAAGUGUGUGUCGGGAUGGGAUGGGGAUGUUUUGGUGUCUACAGGGAAGUCAACAACAGCAACAGCACUUGACUGUAUCAUGCUGCCAGGGCGCUAGCAUGUGGCACAUCUUUAGGCUGUGUUACGUAGGACUGACACACACACAGUGACACGGCUGCUUCUUGCCAACAGGAAACUGUGAUAUGAUAAUGACAUGUAUUGAGGUCAGCUGGCCCCGUUCCUUACAAGAAGGAGCAGGAUGAUUCCCACAGCAGCAACAUUAUCCAGGUCACCAAAAUCUGGGAGGGGCCUAAAAUACUGUAAUUCAACCAAAGGACUAUCAACUCACUGUAACUUAUUGUAGGUCUAUUUAUAGAGGAAUUUAUUCAGUUGUUUAGUGGUAACAUUUUUUACCAGGCAUUGGCCUAUAACACAGAGUUGGAAGCAGAUGUUCAGCAAGGACUCUGCUAUAGACUUCUAGUGUAACAAAAUGGUUCUGUUUAUAUUUAAAAACUAGAUGUAUUGAGUUUCAGUGGGUUUUAGAAUGACUUCACUUUUCCGCAGUGCAAACGGCAGUGUUCCACUAGGCCUUGUGGUUUCAUGUGUCCUGAUUCUGGCAUUGGACAUAGUAAUCCCCAUAGGAUUAUAGCCUACAUGUCACUUAUUCAAUCUCAAUUCCACGUGAUAAUGGAAAUAAAUGGAACUGUGGAUUGAUUAUGUCACAAUCAAUAGAAGAGUCUCUGGUUACUAUGACGUUGUUAACCUAGAUGAACUGUUAGUCAUGAUUAUGACUCAAUAGGUCAGAACACUGAGCAAUACCACUGCUGUUCUGUCCAUAGAAACAGAAUCACGUUCUAGUUCUGUGGUUCUGUCAUUCAGGCACAAGACAGAAAGUUGCUUGAAGGCUGUGGAUCAUUGUAUUGUUGACCCAGACGGAGUGCACUUCACAAGGAUUGUCUUUUUCUGAGAAAGCUAACCAUGGAUAACUCUCCUGAAGGUAAGCACUGACUGGACUGAUGUAAGGUUGAAAAAUGCUGGUAAUUGUCCCAAAACUACCAAUGGAGCAAGAUUUGACUUCAUUUUUACAGCCCAAUAGUCAUGGUGUGCUGAAUGUGCCAUUGCCGAACCAAGGCGUUGUCCUCUAAUCUUCCUCGCGUUCUUUGUUUAGUUAACCCGGAGCAGGGAGACAUACCAAUGAUCCCAUUGGUCCAUGAGCCCAUGUCAGGGUACGGGUUUUCUACAUAACACAAUGUAACAUCUGCACAGAGGUGCAAUCCUAAUGAAAUGGGAAUUGGGUGAGAAAGAAUCCUAAAGAUGGUCCAAUGGACAUGGUGAAGUCUCUUUAUCUUAAAGUCAUCUUUUUAACUUCCUGAUGACCGCUAGGGAUGAGGUGCAGAGAACCCAGAACCAGGUGAACAACUUGCAGCAGUCAAUAACCCACAUGCAUGAGCAGCUGAAUUCCAUGUGGAAGCAGUUUACUGAGUUGCAGAGUGCCCUCUCUCAGGUAGUAGAUUAGUCUCAGCAAGAGUAGAAUGAGUCAUGUGUAAUCAUGAUGAAGAUGGAUGAUGAUGGCUGGGAUUGUGAUGAUGAUGAUGACUGGAAUGGUAAUGGUAACUAUGGCUUUGUAACUCCUGUACUCCACCUGUACCGGAUAGCUCCUUGAUGACAACAUGCCUGUGGCACAUGAAGCGGAGGGGAUCCAACCGAAAAACAUCACCCCUGCACAGCGGGACGGAACCCUCCCGAUAGGAAUCAUCCAGAGGGAGGAUCCCAACAAGAACCAGUCAUUCCAACAAGGCAUCAUCCCAAUAAAAAACAAUGGAAUGGAACAGAUGGAAUUUCAUGGACCACCUCCACCUCCCGUCAUCCCCAUAGUGGGAUCCUGGGAUGCUAGAUUGAAUGCUCCACGUUGUGGAGAUUUCUAUGCCAGGAGAAAAGAUAUCCGGAGUAGAUAUGUGGAGGAUCCUGCUUUAAUGACCAUCACCAAGCCAGAACAUUUCGAGGCCAAUCCUCAGAGCCAGGCUGGCAGUUGGCCGGUGGCUAAACCUCAGUACCCAGCAACCCAAGUACAGAAAACACCAAACAGUGGAGGCUGGAUCAGGUGGUUCUUUGGUGAAAAGGAAGAAGUUCCUCAGAUGACAAGGAUACCAGAUGACAAGCAUAAUUCUAUUGUCUGGGAUCAAAACCUGCACAGAUGGGUUGACGCAAGUCCCAUGCCCAAGACUGAGAACAAGCCUGUUCUACCUCCUCCACCGAUGGAGAUGUAUCUGGGGAACUCUAGUCUCCCCGAAGGAGUGAAUCCUUAUUCCAUGAAAGCAGCAGAUAAUGGAAGCCUAGGGGGCAGGUAUCCCAAGCUAUUCUACCCUGGUGGGAUUACCACAACGCCUCUAUACCAGGGUCCUGGAUCGCUCCCUGCCCAGCAUGCAACACUCAUGGCACCGAUGACUGUGCCAUUCGAUGUUGACAGGCAGAAACUUGGCCCAGGCACUUUACCCUUUUGAUGUUCGACACUGAACAAUCCUUCCGCAACGAUUCAUUCAAUUAGCUUUAAUUGACAGCAACGCCUGGCUGAAGUUGCAGGGAUGUUUAAGCUAUUUAUUUUUUGUUUCACAGGUCGUUUUCCAGGAGGGAUCAUUUGAUACUUCAGCAUUUUAAAAGACAAAAAAAUAAGAUUUCGGCAUAGAGAAGUUAUUAAAAGUCUGUAGCUUUGAUAUGUUUUCUGGCAUCCUUUACAAGCCCCUCGCUUGUGCAUUUCUCUAUGUUAUAUACUUUACAGAUGGUUAUAUUAUUUAUACAUAUGUUUCCAAAAUAUCAAAAAAAUUAUUUAUCUAUUUCAUAAACAUAAUAUCAAAUGUAAAUAAAGUGCAUUUUAAAUUUAACACCAUAUAUUACUUUACUGCAGGCCUGGCGUUGUGGGUGGGCCUUAGGGAGCCAUGCUCGCCCUACCGCACCUCCUAGCCCAUCCAAAUAAAAUACAUGGUUGAAUGAAA